AUGCGGCCGCAGCUCUUCCGUGCGGCCGCCCGGUCUCUCUGGGUUCCCAGGGUCACCCCCCGGACCUUUGCGACGACAACCCCUCGCGCGGCCGAGGUGGAACUCACCAUUGAUGACAAGAAAGUGUCGGUCGAAGCCGGUUCCGCUCUCAUUCAGGCAUGCGAAAAGGCAGGCGCAACGAUUCCUAGAUAUUGCUAUCAUGAAAAACUGUUGAUUGCAGGAAACUGCCGUAUGUGUUUGGUCGAAGUCGAGCGAGCCCCAAAGCCGGUAGCCUCCUGUGCCUGGCCAGUACAACCGGGUAUGGUCGUCAAGACGAGCUCGCCGCUGGUCCAUAAGGCGAGAGAGGGUGUGAUGGAGUUCCUUCUUGCCAACCACCCCCUCGAUUGUCCCAUUUGUGACCAGGGAGGAGAAUGUGAUCUCCAGGAUCAGUCGAUGCGUUAUGGUGCUGACCGUGGACGUUUCCACGAAACCGGCGGCAAGCGUGCGGUGGAAGAUAAGAACAUUGGCCCCCUGGUCAAGACCUCAAUGAACCGGUGUAUUCACUGCACUCGCUGUGUUCGGUUCAUGAAUGACGUGGCGGGUGCACCGGAGCUGGGGACGACCGGCCGAGGAAAUGAUAUGCAGAUCGGGACCUAUCUGGAGCGCAACCUCGACUCGGAAAUGUCGGGCAAUGUCAUCGAUCUUUGCCCUGUUGGCGCGCUGACGUCCAAGCCCUAUGCAUUCCGGGCUCGUCCGUGGGAGCUGAAGCACACGGAAUCAAUUGACGUCCUCGACGCAUUGGGUUCCAACAUUCGCAUCGAUAGCAGGGGCAUGGAGGUCAUGCGAAUUCUUCCGAGAUUAAAUGACGACAUCAACGAGGAAUGGAUCAACGACAAGUCGCGCUUCGCGUGCGAUGGAUUGAAGACUCAACGCCUCACCACGCCGCUGAUUCGUCGCGAGGGCAAAUUUGUGCCCGCUACGUGGGAACAGGCCCUGGUCGAAAUUUCGUCGGUUCAGCAGAAGCUGCAGCUGCAGCCGAACGAGUUCAAGGCCGUUGCUGGACACCUGGUGGACGUCGAAUCGCUGGUGGCGAUGAAGGAUCUGGCGAACAAGCUCGGCUCUGAUAACCUUAGUCUUGACCAGCCCGGUGGCAGUGCCCCCAUUGCUCACGGCAUUGAUGUUCGCUCCAACUACCUGUUCAACUCUCAAAUCUAUGGCAUUGAGGAAGCGGAUGCCAUUCUUCUGGUGGCCACGAACCCGCGCCAUGAAGCAGCGGUCCUCAACGCCCGCAUUCGCAAGCAGUAUCUGCGCUCGGAUCUGGAGAUUGGUCUUGUCGGUGAAGAAUUCGAAAGUACCUUCGAUUUCGAGCACCUGGGCUCCGAUGCUUCUGCCCUGAAGGCCGCCUUAGCAGGCGAAUUCGGCAAAAAGCUUGCUGCUGCUCAGCGGCCAAUGAUUGUUGUCGGUAGUGCUGCUGCUGAACACCCUGACGCCAAGGCCAUCUUCGAAACAGUCGGCGGUUUUGUGGAAAAGCACACUAGCAAUUUCAACAACCCAGACUGGCAAGGGUAUAAUGUUCUCCAGCGGGCAGCUUCUCGGGUCGGCGCCUUUGAAGUUGGCUUCACUACCCCGUCCCCCGAGGUUGCUCAGACCACUCCCAAGAUGAUUUGGCUCCUGGGUGCGGACGAGAUUGCGCAGAGCGAGAUCCCGAAUGAUGCGUUUGUCGUUUAUCAGGGCCAUCACGGCGAUCGCGGUGCCCAGCUUGCAGAUGUCGUUCUCCCUGGAGCGGCAUACACCGAGAAGUCUGCUACGUAUAUCAACACCGAAGGGCGUGUGCAGCUCACUCGUGCAGCCACGUCCCUGCCUGGUGCGGCUCGCGAUGAUUGGAAGAUCAUUCGCGCAACUAGCGAGUUCCUUGGCGCUCCUCUCCCCUAUGAUGACAUUGAAGCCCUGCGUGAUCGUAUGGAGGAGAUCAGCCCUGUGAUGCGCCGAUACGAUGUUGUUGAGCCGACCUCUGUCAGCUCAUUGAGCAAGGUCCAGCUGGUGGAUCAGAACAAGGGUUCCCAGGCUACUGAUGCCCCUUUAAAGAAGGUCAUCGGGGACUUCUUCUUCACCGAUGCUAUCUCCAGAAGCUCACCCACCAUGGCCCGCUGCUCGGCUGCGAAGGCUACCGGGAACCCCGAGACUAACUUCAUGGCUGCUGGAGAAAUGUCUCCACAAGCUUUGUAUGGCUAA